GACCUGGAGGUGUGCAGCUCCGGUGGGACGGGGUUGUGAUAAACCAUGUGUUUUGAGGACUCCGCGGUUGUCGACUUCGUUAUUGACAGACACCUGAAGCUCUGCGUGGGAUGAUGACUCACAACCCGACUGAUGAUGACUACAAAUAUUUUGUGCACGUACCCACGCUCCCAUGCACUCCGCGGCGCGCGCUCCUCCACGUGCACUCUCACACAGCGGGCAUCAAAGCCUUUACGUCAAGCCAGACAGGAAGAAGAAAGCAAAAUCUGAUGGCACGAUAGCUGGGUCCCCUCGUCCCCCCUGAAACAAAUGCAUGCCCGCUCCUCUCGCCUAUGGAUGCGCUCUCCUGUUUCACACGGAUUUCGUCUGUGUGCACCGAGGCAGAGCUGAUCUUAUGGCAACCAUCAGCCCGCCAUGUACCAUCGCUCAUCUGAUCCACUGUGAGAGAGAAUAAAUCGACGAGAGGAGGUGAGAUGAAAAGCCAACAAUCCCGGCUCGCCUUAUCGGCACUCCUGCUCUGCACAUUACACCAGACAGCUGGCUCCAGCAGAUCCCAUCGCAGCAGCUCAGCAUCAUCAGCAUCAUUAACAACAUCAUCUCCAUCAGAGGUGAGAGGCAGGAUUCCUUCGGGGUCGCCCAAAAACUGGUUAAAACAGACUGACUCCAACUAUGCCAAUCACAGCCACAAAAGUAGGCCAUCACCAAAGCUUAAAGAGGUAACAGGCCAAGUGAAUAGCUUUUCUUUCAACACCAGCAGAGGCAAUGUUACCACUUUGAUAUCUGAGAGUUCUGGCAGGCUACCAAGCUGGAUCCCAGAGGAAGGGGAGUCACCACUGUGUGCCUACCGAGUGAUCGAGGGAGGCAUCGGGGGGCAGCUGUGUUUUCGGAACACUCUGUCUAGUUACAAGUGUCACAAAGCAGACUGCAGGACGGUGGUGUCUCUUGGGAAUCUGGUGGCAAAUAUUCUUAUCAAUGGCAGCGUACUGUUACAGUGGACCCAUGGGGCAGAAUCUGCAAUGACUGGCCAGGAUGUAAAGACUAAAGGGACUGCAGCUGGUCAGAAAAGCAGUGGGAAUGCGGGUAAAGAUCUAACAAGAGAAGGAACUGUAAGGUCAAGCUCUGUUUUCAGUGGACGUCGACACAGACAAGGAGGCUACGAGCUCAGCUGCUGGUGGAAUGGAAGCUACACCCAGUUUGAGUGUGCUGGUGUCCAUCUUGGAUUAGGCUGUAGGGACUUUCUCCUGACCGAGCUGCAUGAGAAUAUCCCCUACCGCUUCUGCUUGCGCUCCUUCGCCCACUCUGAUCCAGUUUUGAGAGCAGCUCAUCUGCAGGACUGUGUGGAGUUUACCCUACCGCCGUCUGGGAUGCAGGACAUUGUGAUCGCUAUGACAACGGUUGGAGGAGCUAUUUGUGUGAUGCUGGUCAUCAUCUGUUUGCUGGUGGCAUAUAUCACAGAAAACAUCAUGAGCCCCACAACACAGCACACAUACUCCUACCGCACACACUCGCGUCACUGAGAAUACACUGAAUUCAGGAUGAAAUAAUCUACAUCUAACAUCCACGAUGACCAUAUCUAAUCUCACAGUAAUAGUUACUUUUCAGUUAACCACAUAAUUUGUUUUACAGGUCCUGUUAUGACUGAAGCACAAUCAACUGUGACUCUGCAAAAAAAAAAAAAAACACUUGCCUUGUCAGCCUUCAUGAGGAUGCACUGAACCAAAAGUACUGAAAACCUACAUCUACUAACACACAAGUUUACUGUGUUCUGUUAUUGUUUUAGGUGGCCUGUGAUAGAGUCUGUCAGCCUAUAAGCUGGCAGCAUUUAUAGAGCAAUACAAAUACCAGGAAGGCUUUGAGUACAUUAGAAACAGCAGUCUUUGCUGUGAUGCCUGUCAAACAUCCAGACGGAGGACAGGUCCUGUUCGAGCUUGCCGGGACACAGGAAAUAGAACUAAACUGAAUCCCUUUUUCCACUCAACCUAACAAUGCUACCUUUUAGUUUUGCUUUGAGGUCUGCGUACAGUAUUGUUGAAGAGCAAUCCAAUUUGGUGUACAAUGUGCCAAUCAUCUUGAGUUAAAAAGCCUUCAUAUCAUGCUAUGAGAAAAUAAAUAUCAUGAGAUCAUUUGUAAUACCUAA